CUGUUGCCUGGUGCCAAGAUCGUCUGGUACAUUCCAGUCCCAAAAAUACCUUCAGCGGAGAGAGUUAGCCGCAUACAGAAUUCAUAGCUCUGCAGAAAGAAAAGGAUUUCUCCCACAUGACAAAGGAGUUGCAGAGGACUUGAUCAGAAAGCAGCAGCAAAAGCAAGACGUGGCAACCCAGGCGGCAUCCAGGAAUGGAGAGGCUGAAGGCAACAGUGAAUGGCACCUCAGAAAAAGCAGUUUGCCCCCUGAUAGAGAGCUAUAAGCACAUUUUACUACCCUUUGCCUACAGCUGUGUGUUUGUGCUGGGGCUGCUCCUAAACGGUGCCAUGCUAUGGCUGUGUUGCCGCACUAAAGAGUGGACCUGCACCACCAUCUACCUGGUGAACUUGGCAGUGGCUGAUCUCCUCUACCUCUGCUCUCUGCCUCUGCUUAUCAUUAGUUAUAGCAUGCAGGAUACAUGGCCCUUUGGAGAGUUCCUCUGCAAAAUGGUACGUUUCUUGUUUUACUGCAACCUCUAUGGCAGCAUCUUGCUGUUAACUUGCAUCAGCAUCCAUCGCUUUCUGGGAGUUUGCUACCCCAUCCGUUCACUGCCUUACAGGACCAGGAGACUGGCUGCCAUUGGCACUGCUGUGUGCUGGCUACUGGUAUUUCUGCAACUCUUCCCCACCUUAAUCUAUGCUCGCACUGGUACCAUCAAUAACCACACAGUUUGCUUUGACAUGACUAGCCCCGACAACUUUGGCAACUAUUACUCCUAUGGCAUGGCUCUCACUGCAUCUGGUUUUGUCCUCCCCUUUGUCGUCAUUUUAAUCUGCUACUGUUUGAUGAUCAGAAGCCUGAUUCAAAACACUGGGGAAACCAACCCCCUUCCCAGUGCUGUUCGAGCUAAAUCAAUCCAAACUAUCCUGCUCGUGUGCAGUCUUUUUGCAGUUUGCUUACUUCCAUUCCAUGUUACUCGUGCGGUCUACCUUUCCAGCCGUGUCUAUCAAGUGACAGACUGCCGCCUCUUACAAAGCCUCAGCUUAUCCUAUAAGAUCUGGAGGCCACUGGUGAGUCUCAACAGCUGCUUUAACCCACUCCUGUAUUUUCUUUCUGGUCAAACUAACAGAGCCAGACUCAUUCUGGAACUGAGGCUACAUAAAGGGGAUCGCCUUCCCAAGCAAGCUGUGAAUGCAAAGGGGACAGGUGCACCUCAUGGGACUACUCCUUCAGGUAUGGGAGCAAAGCCUGGAGAAAGUAACCUCCAAUAACUUCCUGUCAUUGCAGUUUUGUUCCAAUGAAGAGUGAAUAUAGCAAUUUAAAUGACUAGGUGCAUAGCUUUCAGAAGUCAGAAAACCACUCACCUACACCAAUAAAAGAGACGCCGUGUAAUUAAAGUUUUUCUUGUCAUGAGAAAAGCUUCAGUGAGGACAGACUGGGGUUACUUAUAAGGAAGUAUUUAUGAAGGACUUUGAGACAAGCUGUGAGCAUUUUGUAUGUCAAGCAACAGCAACAGUAACACUAAACCUCCUCUUAGCUCUCUUUCACCAAGGAAAGGGGAACUGUGAACAUGUACAAAUUGGAAUGGGUACAAGGUGAGGAAGACUGAGGUUGAAAUGGAGGUAAAGCAAUUCAUUACCUCCAGGUAUAAGUUAGAUACUAAAACCACUUUACUAUAAUUUUAAAGCAUCUUCA